AUGGUCAGCACGUCACGGAGCGCACGGCUGAGUGAGGUCUCCUCCUCCGCGGCCGCCGUCCAGCCAUGGCCUCCCUCUACAAAGCAGCAGGGCGCCCCUCCAACGGCAAUGAACUAUCUCAGAAGCCUCGCCGACGUUCUGCUGCACGCCCUGUCACUCACGCCUUCUGCGACGAUGACGAUCCAACGCCCCAAGGAAGACCUGCCGCCCUUUGACCACGCGUCUGCGUCGACGUACACUGAGCCUCCGACCCCCGGCUGGACACUCGCUCAGCCGCUGUCGGCCACGCCCGAGGGCCGUGCGUGGCUCGCCGGCGAGAAGCAGGGCUGGGAGGUGGUGCACGCGGACGACGCAGAUCCUUACCGCAUCUACCAGCUGAUGGUCGGCGGCGUCGUCCCGCGUCCCAUCGCAUUCGUGUCCAGCGUCUCCGCCGAUGGCGUUGAGAACCUGGCCCCGUUCAGCUGGUUCAACAUGGUCACCUCCGAUCCCCCGGUCAUCUCGCUCGGCCUCCUCCACCACCAGCCCACGGCAGACGCCUCCGCGCUCAAGGACACGGCCGCCAACAUCCUCGCCACGCGCGGCUUCACCGUCAACCUCGUGUCCGAGCCCUUUGCCCAGCACGCGAAUGCCUGCUCCGUCAAUGCGCCCCCGCACGCGAGCGAGUGGGUGCUCAGCGGCCUCACCCGCGCACCCAGCAUCCACGUCGCGGCACCGCGCGUCAAGGAGAGCGCAUUCAGCAUGGAAUGCGAGCUGUACGCUGCCCACCCCAUCACCCACCCCGUGACCGGCCUCAUCACCACCACCCUCGUCCUCGGCCGUGUCCGCGCCCUCCACAUCCGCCGCGACACCCUCGACGCCCGCGGCCGCGUCGACACGCGCGCACUCCGCCCCGUCGCGAAGAUGGGCGACAUCUCCUACGCCCGCGUCGGCGGCCUCUUCCGCGCACCCCGCCCAGAGUGGGCCGACGCCGAGCGCGUCCUCCUCGCCGCCAGCAGCAGCGCCGCCGUCGACGUACGCGAGGACGCCCCCGCGGCAGACGCAGACGCACAGUCCUCAUCUUAG